AUAAAACAUAAAAGUAUGAUAGAGCCGCAUUAAUGUGCUAAAACCCAGCUUUAAAAAUUGUGCAUCCAUCAUGUCUCAGAAUGUGAUCGUUUUGUUUUUCCCAGACAGGGUUUAAAAUAUUAAUGACUGCUCAUUAUUUGUCGUUAUUUGUUUAGCAUCUAUAACAGGUGAGUAUCUGAAUCCAAAUCUGAUCAUUCAGUUUCCAUGGCAGUUAUUACCAUGGCGAUCUUCCUUGAUUCAUUUGGAAACCUCAUUUGAUUUGGAAUUUCAGGUUGUUUUGUUUUGAAUCUGCCUCUUCUCUUGCCGUCAAUCAGCCCUUGACAUCAUGACAUUCAAAAGCUUUCCCUCUGCUGACAUCUGUGUUGUGUAUUAGAGGACCUCAAAACAUUUUCACAACACCUUUCUGCCUGCGCUCACUUUCAGACAUCUGUGCGUCAGCAAAGGAGAGACAGUUAGACCUGUUCGUCACAGGAAACUGCAAGUGUGCAGUAAAUAAAGCCGCCUGCCUCCAGCGUGCACGCUAAAACACAGAGAGCACAGCAGCAUCAACAUCAUCCUUCACCUCAGUCUAAGAACAUCAGCUAACCAUAACCCUAACCUUGGGGGUGAAAUUGCUCUCAGUAUCUCAGUUUUCAGAUGUGCAUGUGAGGAGCUCUGUUUGCUCGUGCAGAAAGGAUUAUCAUCAAUUCCACUCUGAGGACCAUGAUAUUGUGGUCCCCAUCAUCUCUGUGCAGGUAAACACUGUAGAUCAGUAUGGGCAGUCGGCCCAGUAAAGACCGGCGUGGAUCCAAUGCCCAUGCUGUCCUGUUGGACACAGAGGACAGCAACGGCCCGCUGACCAUGGAAAGUAUCAGAUAUGUGCUGGUGUCUCUGUAUGACUAUCCAUCCAGAGGUCCGGGCGACUGCGCCAUUAGAGUCGGAGAACGCCUCAACAUUCUGUCAGAUGAGGGAGAGUGGUUUAAAGUCAGCUCAUCAGCCACAGGAAACGAGAGCUACAUCCCCAGCAACUACACCGCCAAACUCUACAACAGGUGGCAGUUUGUGGGUCUCAGCAAACGGAAAUCGGAGGAACUGCUGAUGCUCCCUCAUAAUCAGCCCGGCUCUUUCCUCAUCAGAGAGAGCGAGACCUUUCCAGGUAACUACACUCUGUCAGUGCGCAAAAGCGGCUCACAGGAGCGUGCAUCUGUCAAACACUACCGUAUCAGCUGUAUCGACAACGGCUGGUUCUACAUCUCUCCUGGACUCACCUUCAGGACCCUCUCAGACAUGAUCGCGCACUAUUCAGAAGUAUCGGACGGGUUGUGCUGUACUCUCGGAGAGCCGUGCUUCAUCAUCGGAUCCAACAAUGUCCCUGUGGUCAAUGGCGCUCCUCCGGUUGCGGUGAAAAGGCCAACUAUCAACUGGAAAGAUGUUGACAGCUCCAUGAUCUUCAGUCAGACUAAAGAAGGAGCUGAGGAUUCUCUGGUGAGCGAGGGCCUGAAGGAAGCCAUCAAUUCAUACCUCUACAUGACGGAGAAAUGCGAGGACUGCUGUCAGCUCUGGGAGACGUGACAGGAGAAAGAGCGAGCGUAUAAAGGACUUUCGCUCGUCUGUUUCUUAGAAGAUGAGUGCAGAAGCGGUUUGGGCGUCGGAUGAAGUUUUCCCUGACUCAUUACUGUUCUUCCAGAGUGGGUGCUGGAGAUGUCAGAUGUGAGACUCGUCCUGAAAGAGCCACAGAGGAGUGUGUGUGUGGGUGGAGGAACAGAUGGAGGUGGCGCAUCCACUUACACACACUUGUGACGCAUUUACAUGAGGCGGCAUGUCACUGGAAGACCAGAGGAGCUGUACUUACAGUAUCAAGGAGAUAUUGGUCGAUGUAUCACUUCAAUUGGAAAAAAGAAUGUAUUUAUAACUUGGAAUAUUUGUUUGUAAAUAAAUGUACAGUUUUCAAAUA